GCUCAGACUGAUGAGUGCUACCAGUAGCAACAGUUAAUUGAGCAGACUUUUGCAUACUGCGGAGGUAGUGAGUUGGGGAGAAUGGGGCACCUUUGGUUUACUUCUGUAUGCAGCCGUCAGCCAAACACAAUCUGAAACUACUAGCUAUUAAAUCCUGUGCUGUUUGGAAAUGUCUGCAACUAUAAAGAGGGAGCUGUUUAACCGUGUAAUGGAUCCUCAAGAAGCGUCUUGCUCCAAUGGAAGGAGGCAGCAUCAGCUGCAGGCGUAUGUGGCCUGGGUGAAUUCGCAGUUGAAGAAGAAGCCGGCGGUGAAGCCAGUGCAGGACCUCAGGCGGGAUCUCCGGGAUGGGGUCGUCCUGGCUUUUCUCAUCGAGAUUAUCGCUGGUGAGAAACUGAGUGGAGUCCAAGUCAGUCCCACCAGCCAGCAGGAAAUGAAGGAAAAUGUGGAGAAAGUCCUGCAGUUUGUGGCAUCCAAAAAGAUCCGUAUGCACCAGAUCACAGCUAAAGACAUCGUCGACGGCAACCUGAAAUCCACCAUGAGGCUGAUCCUUGCCUUGGCUGCUCACUUUAAGCCUGGCUCGAGUAAAGCUGCUGGCCAGACACCGUCAGGCACAAUGGGGAAGAGCCCAGCAGGAGCAGCAGCAGCAGCAGUGGCCAAUCACAGGCCUCGCUCGGCAGCCGCCGUUGCCCAAGAUGCCAUGGUGACCCUAGCAGAUGUUCGCCAGGAUGUCUUACGCUCAGGACGGGAUGUUUUCCGGCACAAACAGAGCAGCAACAGCAGCAUGGAUGAGGACAUUGAGCAUCCCUACUGGAGUGUCCGCGCACUGGUGCAGCAAUAUGAGGGGCAGCAGAAAACACCUUCGGAGUCCCGCACCUCCAGCCUCACGUCGCCCAGCCCCGUAAAUAGCGCCAAGAGCGAGUCCAGCGCUACCCCUUCGGAGGAAAAGGCAGGAUUUGACAUUGUUCGUGAAGAAGAAGCCGAGACUAGAACAGAAGAAGCGGGCUGUCCCUUUCCCCUGGAGUGGCAGGCAUGCUGUCCUGCAGCAAGCUUGGAGGCUUCGUGGGAGGAGCAACUGCUGGAGCAGCAAGAUCACUUAGAAAAGGAGAUGGAAGAAGCAAAGAAGAUGAUUUCAGGACUACAGGCCUUACUGCUCAAUGGAUCGCUACCUGAGGACGAGCAAGAGAGAUUGUUUGCCCUUUGUGAGCCGACGGCCUGCCCCGAAGAGCAGUUGAUUAUAAUCCGGAGCCAACUGGACCAGAGCAUGGAAGAGAAUCAGGAGCUCAAGAAGGAAUUGCAGAAGCACAAGCAAGAAGCCAGAAAUUUACAGGGAAUGAAGGAUGCCUUGCAGCAGCGCGUAGCUCAGCAGGAUGCUCUGAUUCUCCAGCUCAAGCAAGAGUUGCUGAGAGCCAACAUGGACAAAGAAGAGCUACACAGCCAGCAUGCUGAUCUGCAGAGGAAGGUGGAAGAGAGGAAUCGACUGCUGGCAGAAUACAAAAAAGAGCUGGCCCAGAAGGAUCGCCACUUGCACCAGCACCAAGCCAAGAUGGAUGAGAUGUUGCGGCAGCUCUCCGAGGCCAGCUACCAGCAGGCAGAUUUGGAACGGGAGCUGGAGCACAAAGAAGCCCUCUUGGCCCAGUGUAUGAAGAAGGAUGCCGAGGAGGUGGGCGGGGCUUCAGAGGGAUUGAAUUGGGGUGUGUGUGUGUGUUUCCUGCAUUCAAAGCCUGUGCUGCCCCUGCGCUUUCCCCACACAGUGGGCGGCCUGUCCUGUCUUCUCACAGCUGCCCGGCUUCCUUUCUUCGCAGAACUGCCUCAUUCUCACAGCACCCCAGCGAUGGGCAGCAGCGCCUGCACCAAAGUGCUCUACUUCACGGAUCGCUCCCUCACGCCUUUCAUGGUCAACAUACCAAAGAGGUUAGGUGAUGUGACUCUGAGGGACUUUAAAACAGCUAUCGAUCGGGAAGGAACACACCGGUACCAUUUCAAGGCCUUGGAUCCGGAAUUCGGCACUGUCAAAGAGGAGGUUUUCCACGAUGAUGACAUCAUCCCUGGGUGGGAGGGGAAGAUUGUAGCCUGGGUGGAGGAGGACCACGGGGAGAACUGAUUGGAUCCCUGCAACGCCUUUGACUAGGAAGCUCUACCACUGGCUGGGGCACUCACCAGGUACUGACCAAAAAGGGUGCGAACUGGGAUGCAUCUGAUGCCAGCUGCCAAAAGAAAGAGAUGGACUUCUCUGCGAAAUGACGGGUAUUAUGUUCCUCCGUGCGCGAGGACACCUGGCACUUGAGUUCUGUGGCCAAACGUUGUGACGUUCAAAAAUCCUAUGCUGUUGGGAACGAACCACCUCUUUUUAUUCCAUCUGUGUGGGCCUUAACACCAUGUUUCUCCCGGCUUCUUGUUCCUGCCGUUCUCAAUAAUCCAGAUCGCUUUCAUUGGCGGCAUACAGUAUUACAAGGAACCUUGCCCUUAUGAAUAAAACUGCACCAGCCUGAGCUAGAUUGAGCUGUUGCAGCUGCAUUCGUCACACCAGAAGCACUCGCCAACUUAGCAUUCCUCUUCCAGCAGCGAAGCCAACUUUGGUUCUAUCAGCACCGGAAACCCAAGAGUCUUGUGGUGAGACCCAUGUGGAACUGGAGUUGGAACUCUGCACUAGUGGCUUCAGUUUCAUGUGGACCUCGACACCGGGUUAAUGGCACAAGAGGGGUCACUGUGCAAAACCACCCCCGAAAGAGACUCACUAGACUCCUGUCCUUCCUGAUCUCUGGAUUAAAACCAUCAGCAAUUCCCUCGGCUCCUUUCUCCUAUGCCUGCAUCAUCUGAUUUGUUUUCCUCUAGUAGAAUGUGCUUGGAAGUGUUUGCUGAGGCCCACAGACUUCUCUUGUGGCCAACAUGUUCUCCGCAGGCACCUUCAGUUCUGUGAGCUGACCUUCAAGAUCCCUUUCUGCCCACCACGGGUCCCUGACUUUGAGUAUAUUACCAAGUUGAAACCGAGAUGGAUGCAGAGUGCGUCGUUUAAGGCCGGUUUUACUGAAGGAGGAAUGUCUGUCUUCUGGGCUGCACUUUUUGUACUGAAUAUGAUUCUCCAUGGAUCCCCUGGUAGACCAGGCAAGAGGCUGGAGCUAUCACAAGCUUGAAGUAGUCAGUACCAGAGGAAGAACCAGAUGUGCAAGAUGGUCCAUUGGGCUGGGAUACAGCUUCCUGAGUUUUUAGGUGCCCUGCAUAUCACUGAAGUAGGACCACAGGAAGAUGCCCUGCCCACAAGUCCUUGGCCUCACUGAAAUGCAAAGCAGGCUGUCUUUUGGGUCACACAGGAUUUUGUUCUCUCCUACCAAGGUCCUCCUCGCUCUGCUACCCCCUUUCCAUUUUGCUUCGUCUGUCCUCGUGUCCGAGCGGUGUGCUUGGAGGAUCAGAUGACAGCCCUGCAUGCCUUGGAAGCAUGUGUCCGGCACUCCCUGAAUGAGCGUCUCUGUGUCAGCCCAUCUGCCUCCCUUUUUGUGUUUGCGUGAAGCUGAACAUUUGAAGGAAAACUUGGUUUUACCAUUUUAUAGAUUCAAAUGUGUCCUUUUGUAUACCUGUUCCUGUUUUCUGGAAUCAUUUUGUAUCUGUUGAUGUCGUUGUCAUGGUUCGAGGACAAGUGUAUAUUUUUAUACCUGUGCGAGUGCUUUUUUUUCUGUAUAUUUCUGCACCCAAAACUGCACUGUAUGAUAUCCAUUUUUCUAGAGGACGCUUCUCUGUUUUAUACGACAUCCUGUUAAUGCUACCUGAAGUGGCUUCCAUAACUAGCUUUAUUUUAGUACGAAGGUACGACAGGCUCUUAACUGUUUUCUGGUUUGCCAGCAGUUUCUUGUACAGACAGUAUUUGUGUGCUGCUUGUCAGUGUUUGGAAAGUGCGGGAGUGCCUUUCUCAUCGUCCCCCUUGUUGGCUGUUAGCAUUCAGGGCGCCAGCCUCUACGGAUCAGCUGGAUUUGGAGGGAAACAGUUCAAUGAGGGAUAAAGAAGAAAAAUUCUUCUCAUCACGGAAUUACUGGUUUCUCAGUUGCAUGAAAUUUAGUGGGUCGUAAAGCGAUGGCAUGACGUUAUUUUUACUAAGAAGACCAAGAAAAUGGUCGGGUUUAUUUCAGCAAGGACGUAUUUCACUGAAACUGCGCUCACUCUCCCCUGUCACACAGCCCCGUGGCCAGAAUUCCGGGGGGUGGGCUGUCUUUCUGUAACCUCCACACAUGCCCUGUUGGUAUUUCUACAGUAACUCUUGAGAUCUCUAUUUAUACCAGCUUUGUACCACUGUUUCUUCUUCUCCCUGGGAACCCCAGUUCCUCUGUGAGGGAGUCACAGUCACAGGCAUCCCCGCAAAACUGCAGUUUCCAUGACAGUUAAACCGGUUUAAUCCUUUAUGUGUCUGAUAUAAUCAUGCACCAAGUGUCUGUUCCUUUCAGUGGACCAGGCACAAAAUUGCCCCGGGGGGAUGAACUGUUUGCAGAACGGGAGCCUGCAAUAUAAGAGAUUACAAAGGAAAAAGCUUGUUCUCUUAUCUCUGAUUUAUCCUCACCAUCACUACUUCCGAUUUGUACUCAAAUAUCCCAGAGUCAUUCUCAUUCCUUUUGAAAUGGCUCUUCUGGUUUAUUACCCUAGCGUAGCCAUGCAGGUUACCUACACAGUACUCUUCUUGUCCAUAGAAAUACUUAAGUUUUGCAAUGUCUACUGUUAAAACAAGGAUGACUCUCACUUUCCUGGGCACUGGCCAAGAGGGACCUGAAACUCGUUCGUGUUCUCUUAACAUUUGGAUAUGCUUUUAGAUUUGUGGACCAAGCCUUUCAAGGGGCCAGUGGCGGGCGGGGUGGGGGAGAGAAUCUCUAAUAAAGAGAGUUUGCAAACCGA